AUGGACUCGCUCUCGUCGCUCGGUGCGGCUACGACGCGCAAGUCGGCGGAGCACAUCUCGCGUGCCGCCUCCAGCAACGGCUACUACUCGGACGGCACAGCAUCUUCGGCCGCCGACGUCUCGUCCUCGCUCCUCGAGACCUUCCGCACCCUCCUCACCGAGGUGGACAGCUACGUCACAUUCUACGAGGCUCGCAUCAAGCUCGAAGAAGACCACAUCAAGAAUCUCAAACUUUCGCUCGAACGACAGAAGGAGCUCGAUGCCAAGGUCAACUCCAAGAUCGUCGGCGACGUCGGCCUCAUGGCGGACGCGCAGCGCUAUCCUGGGCUCAGGCGCGCUUGGCUCGAGAUGCGUCAAAACGACCAGCGCGAGCUCGAGUCGAGGUCGUACAUGGUCGAAAAUUGCCGCCAAAGUGUUCUGCUGCCGCUCCUCGCCUUUCGAGACUCACAGGAACGCAUCCGCAAGCGAGUCAAGGAGGACCUUCGCAACAGCCUGGCUCAGUACGACGAGAUGCGCGGCGCCAACCUUCCCAAGAUUCGACGUGCGUACGAGAAGAAGGCCGAGGAGGUGGAGCAGCUUCAGCUGCAGGCUCAAGCGGUAGAGGAUCAACGCAUCUUGCUCAGCACAAAGACUACCGAUCCACAAUCCACAAAUCACAGCCGGCUUCCGUCUUCAGGCGACUUUGAUCCCCUGGCAACUUCACCUCCAGCAACCUACUCGAGUGCCGGGGCCCUGAUGCGCCGCAAGAGCAGCCGUCGUCAUUCGCGUCGCCAAUCCAACGCAUCGGCCAAGUCACUCGGCGCCUCAGCGCGAGGGGCGGACAGCUCGGACGAGAGAUCGACCCUGGGUUCUCCACCCACCACCGAAGCCACGCUGCCCUCCCUGUCAACUUCCCCGCCCAGCCCGAACAACGAAAAGGCCAAGCCCAACUUCUUUGACGUCUUUAAGUCGCGCGAGGGCUGGGACGCAGCGCGCAAAGAGGCUCCCAAGAAGCUUGGCGCCUUGAUCACAAGGAUGCGCGAAGGCAGUCAAACUGGCCCCGGGGGAUAUGGGGCGGGUGGUACGGGAGACGGCGGUGUGUCGACGCCGUCGAUGAGCGAGACCCUCCUCGGAACCUUUGGUGGCGCCAGCAACAACCCUUACAAAGCCACGCAGACCCUUGCUGCCAAGCAAGCUCGCGUGAAACGUGAGAUGGAGGACGCCGACAAGGCGUACCGCAAGGCCAUCUUCGACCUCGAGACGCUGCGCCUGCGCAGGCUCCGGACGAUCAAAGCCGCGGCAGCAUCGGUGGUCGAGUGCCGCUCUGAAUUGGCUCUCACCGCACAGGCAGUGUGGCUGCAGUCGGAACGCUCCAUGAUUGUGCUGCACAAUAAGGGCAGCGGCCUCCACCAGAACAGCGAGGAGCACGUUCAAAGCGCACUGAGCCACUUUGACACCGAGCUCAGAGCGAUGGAGGACAAUCUGCCGGGCAUCAAGACACUCGAAGACAAGAGAGUAUCCUAUGUCAACUACUGGCACGGCGAGCUCAAAAAUCUUAUCUUCGGCACGCCUCUGACCGACUACCCGCUCACGGUGCCAUACCGCCUAAGCGACACUGUCGCCCCGCCUCUGAUCGUGACCAAGUGCAUCGACUUUAUCGAGAAGAACGCCAUCGCGCUUCCCGGCAUCUACCGCAUUUCGGCCAAGCAGUCCAGCGUCAAGCAGCUCGCUGUGGCCAUCGAGAAGGACGAGCUCGGCUUCCAAUUUGAUGCGGCCAAGGACGAGCCUGCGGCAGUGGCAGGCGUCUUCAAGGACUACCUGCGUCAACUACCGGAGCCAGUGCUGGCCAUCCCCUGGGCCGAGCGCAUCAAGUAUACCCACGAGAGGCAGGAACACAUCCGCACUGGCUUUGCCGUGCUCAAGGGCAAGAUCCGCCGUCUGCCGCCCAUUCACCAGAUCACGCUCAAAGUGAUUGUCCAGCACCUCAGCAAAGUCGCCCAGCACGCCGAUCAGAACAAGAUGACGGCGGCCAAUCUCAGCGUCGUCUUUUCGCCGUGCCUCUUGUCCGAGGCGGAUCACGAGACGACGAGCGUGGCGGCAGCAAUGGAAGAAGACAAGACCAUGGAGGAUCUCAUCCUGUACUGCAACGACAUCUUUGACCUCAAGACGGCAGGCGCUCCCUUGUUGCCACCGAUCUCGUCGAGCCGCAAUGGCGAGCUGGCCAGUGCGGGGCAGAGUGCUGCAGAUGCUGCGUUUGCGGCCUCGUCGCCGAUGAGCGAGACUGGCGUCGACCUCCAGGCCCCAUCGCCGUCGGAUCUACCGAUCGUCACUGGGAGCGCGAAUUUGAAGCGGAGCAACGCCAUCACACCUGCCACUGCGACCAGCACCGAAGGUGCGGGUAUUAUGUCUGGUCACUCACACGCCAGGAGCACCAGUGGUGGCUCGCUAGCAGACCUCGACGCACAUGCGCCGCACGACGGGUUUGAGAAGCUCGCGCACGAUCGCUCAAUCUCCGCCGCUACUCAAGCCGCAUCGCCUCGAGACCUGCCCCGUCUGCACACCAGAAGCAAUUCAGCGGGACAGGCAGGUGGCCACGUCGAGCGAGCGGAGGCAUCGAACAGCGCUAUUGUGGCCGGCUCAGAAAAGCACGCAGCACUGAGGGCUGCAGUGCAACGUGCCGACACGGAUCCCAGCUCCGGCAGCGGCCAAAAUGCUGCCAGCACGGGCCUCGACUCGACAGCGCGAAGCGGCCCUGAGGGUUUGCAGCCUGCUGCAUCGGCGAGCACGGGCUUGUCAGGCGAGGAAGGCGAGAUCUACCUGGCGGCCACGUCGGCCAUGUCGCCUUCGCCGCUUACGAGCCAGGCGAACGGCCCGUUGACACCGGGUCUCUUGACGCCAGCCACGCUGCGCUCGCCGCUAGACUCGGUGAUUGAUUCGGCACAGGCAUCGCACGGCCACCCGACGCCGACGGCUGAACAGCAGGAUCCGCACCAGGAGAUUGCCCAUGCCAGCUUGUCGGUCGACCCGGAACAUCCUGUGCAUGUCUAA